AUGACGAUCACCAUCACUGUCGAGAAAGAUGGGUAUUAUGAGGUUAACGGCACCCGGCAAGAGCCCGUUGUCAAUCUCUAUAUCAUUCCCGCUGCAUCCAAGCUGCACCGCAUGCUCAAGGACACGAAAGACUUAAUUGUCUGUCCCGGUGUAUACGAUGGACUUUCUGCCCGAAUUGCCAUGGAGCUCGGUUUUAAGGGCCUCUACAUGACCGGUGCCGGCACGACUGCGUCCCGUCUCGGAAUGGCCGAUCUCGGUCUGGCCCAGCUUCAUGAUAUGAAAACGAACGCCGAGAUGAUCGCCAAUCUGGACCCUUUCGGCCCCCCACUGAUAGCUGACAUGGAUACGGGAUACGGAGGCCCGUUGAUGGUUUCCAAGGCAGUUCAGCAAUACAUCCAGGCCGGCGUCGCUGGGUUUCAUAUUGAGGACCAGAUCCAGAACAAGCGCUGCGGCCAUUUGGCCGGCAAGAAGGUGGUCAGCCUAGAUGAGUACCUGACACGAAUCCGGGCUGCCAAGUUGACGAAGGACCGACUGCAUUCGGAUAUCGUUCUUAUUGCGCGCACAGAUGCGCUUCAGCAACAUGGCUACGAUGAAUGCAUCUGCCGCUUAAAGGCUGCGAGAGACAUGGGCGCCGACGUCGGUCUCCUCGAGGGCUUUACCUCGAAGGAACAGGCUCGUCAGGCCGUCCAGGAUCUGGCACCCUGGCCUCUCCUGCUCAACAUGGUCGAAAAUGGAGCCAGUCCGCUGAUCACGACCAAGGAGGCGGAAGAGAUGGGCUUUCGCAUCAUGAUCUUCUCUUUCGCAUCGAUUGCCCCGGCUUACCUGGGUAUUCGCUCUGCCCUGCAGCGUCUGAAGACGGAGGGGGUAGUGGGAACUCCGGAAGGAUUGGGUCCUCGGAAGAUCUUCGAGGUCUGCGGACUGAUGGACUCGAUGAAGAUUGAUACGGAAGCUGGAGGGGAUGGGUUUGCCAAUGGUGUCUAA